AUGGUCGAGCAGCAGUAUAUUGCCCCAGGUCUACCCCAGCCGGAUGGUCUUUCGGGAGCCCCCAACUUGCACGAUUCAAUUUCAACAACUGCGACUUCCCCUUACCAAGACCUUGCUUCCUACACAUCUGUUUCUUCCCCCUUCAGCGGUUACUCAGGCCAGUGCGACCCGAACCUCUUGACUCCCGUUUCAGUCGUGGGCUCUCCCCCUCUGCACGGCUUAUCAAAGAUUGCGUCGCAAUAUCCUCCUCCUCCAGGCACACCUAGCCAGCAAAAUACUCCUCCAGGGAGUUCCAGGAUGUAUCAUCAGCAGUGGGCGGGACAGUUCGACGUAAAUAGCCAGUCCCCUCAAGCGACUUCACCCAUGACUUCCCAGCCUCCGUCCGCGGGGGAUUUUCUCCAUAACAAUUACGUCCAUGAUGGACGCCGAACCCCGGGACCACCUGAGCCCUACAUGGGAGCAUUUGGUGUUUCAACAGGACCAGAGCCACAGCCUAUGAACCCGCCUUAUUACGUCAAUAUAGGACCUCCCGUCGACCAUCCGGACCACAUCAUGAUGCGGGAUAGCCACCACGCUUCAAUGGGAAUUCACCAUCGUGAGGUGCCUCCAGCGCCUCUUUCAAAUGAGCCCCAUCCCACCCAAUACCGUCGUCGACCUAGCCCUGAAGAUUCUAUGCUGCAUGGCAUGCCUCUCGAUAUUCCGCGCUCUAUGACCGGAUCUCCCCGCCGGAAAUCUGGCCCGCACGCCCCUAGCCGGGUCAAGAAGCGACAAUCGAAACGGUCUGGGGUGACUCGAACCGUCACUACUGAAGAUCCUGUCAGUGAGCACAAGAAUUGCUAUGGCCAAGAGGUCCCUCCAACACUCAAGAGCACUUGUCCCGAUGAGGAGCGCUGUAUAUUUGAGUCUCGCUGGCAGCACCGUAAUCAGAAGGGUCAGGAUAUGUGGGAGAGUAUUCAAGGUGAUUUCAAAGAUCGUUUCCAAAAGUGCCCUGGCAAGGAGAUGCUCCAAAUGAAGUUCAAGCGAGGCCGAUCUAAGUAUCUUGAUUGGAUUCCUAGAGAUUUGGAUAUACUUCGCGAGGCGUGGGAUGUCGUUGAGAAGAAUCGAUACCAGAUGAUUCUUGAGACAUUUCAUGAGCUUGGAGGCUCUCGAAACAUGCGCCUGAGCGCAAGUGAUAUUGAAGUUAAAGUCGUAAACGACCUGAAACUUGAAGAGGGCAUGUACAUGGAGUCUCAUGGCGAUGCCAACAUCAGACGACGACGUAAGUCAGUACCGACAAGAAAGCGUGCUGGUCGUGGCGUCGACGACCACGACUCACGAACCAAUGACGAGAUGAUGAGUGUCGGAUCACAUAACACACACGAAGAUGAAGUCAUCAACCAAGUUCACGGUGUUCCACAUAUGAAGAUGGAGGCAGACGGACAUGGAGGUCACCACAACAUGAUGGACACGCAUUUAUGGGACCACCAGAUGAAGAUGGAGCCGGGGGUGAUGCCACAACGCAAUGACCGUAUGCAGCCCUUGAUGAGAUUGAGUCCGGCGUCGCAAAGCAUGUAUGGGGGACGCAGAGGAUCGUGA